AUGGCAUCUCGGAUGCUUUUAUCUCGCGGGGCCAAUGCAGUCGCAGGAUGUCCUAUAUCGUGUCUCAUGGCAGCGUAUAAGAAAAAUGAGAAAAAUGGUAUCACGGAAUGCACCCAAGUUCUAGAGCUUCUUCUCGACAAGGGUGUUGAUAUCAACAGAAAGUGUGCUGAGCAUGGGAGCGCUCUGAAUGAGGCAAUCAAUGUAUGGCUCCGCGAGGGAACGCGUAGCUUUUUCGACUUGGUUGUGAGGCGCAACCCUGACAUUGAGUUGGACGACGGGCGAGAGGGCACCCCGCUCCAAGCGGCAUGUGGCUACUCUUAUGCGCCUCGGAGGAAAGAAGCAGUUUCGGCCCUGCUGCGCCUUGGGGUUGACCCAAAUGUCCAGGGAGGGCAGUACGGUAACGCACUUCAAAAGGCAUGUUACCAAACCGAUUACGAGUCUGGUGUGGUUGAUGUCCUUCUCAAUAAUGGUGCGGAGAUCAAUUGGAAAGGAGGCUGCUAUGGAACAGCCUUACAUGCAGCCUGUGUGAGAUCGACGCCGGAACCAGAAUUGGUUAACAUGCUACUCAGUAGAGGUGCUGACGUGCAUAUACACGGCGGGGAGUAUGGCAGUGUCUUACAAGCGGUCACUUCCGUACCUACCUCUUUUCCUAAAGAAACUGCACUUAUUGUGCAAAAGCUGAUCGAUAGUGGCGCCGAUGUCAAUGCGCCAGGUGGCAAAUUCGGAAGCGCGCUACAAGCCGCAGCUUGUUCGCCGGCCCCCAAGUCGGACGCUGAAAGUGUGGAAGAACUACUACUCAGGAGAGGCGCAGAUGUCAGCAUGCAGGGAGGGAUGUAUGGCACGGCACUACAAGGCGCUUGCGCAGGAGGCAACAUCAGACCAGUCCGCUUGCUACUUUCCUACGGUGCUGAGAUUAACAUCGAAGGAGGACGGUAUGGAACAGCGCUCCAAGCGGCGUGCGCAAAUGAAUAUUACUACCCUAAACAAAACUACGAUCUGGCACGCCUACUGAUAAACCAUGGUGCCGAUAUCCAUGUUCAAAGCGGGCAGUUUGGGAGUGCCUGGCAUGCUGCGGCUGCAAUGCAAGACAUUGGCAACCAAGCCUACGACACAUUGAAGCUACUGCUCGACAACGGUGUUGAUGUGAAUCACUGCCAUAGUCAACACGGUACUGCUCUGCAGGCUGCACUCGAGCAUACGAAACGUAACGUCGAAACUAGGAUCCUGCUUCUUUUCGAAAAUGGCGCUGAUGUUAAUCUCGGAGCCGGUCUCCACGGGUUUCCAUUGCAAUCAGCAUGCCUAGCGCCUACAGAUGACCCAAACCGCCUGAACACCCAUGGCCUCGCCUACCUACUCGACAACUGCGCUGACGUCAAUGUCAAUCAGACAGGCGGUCUGUUUGGUACGGCUUUACAGGCAGCAGCAUACACAGGCAAGACAGAAGGUGUUAACAUGCUGCUUGAGAAGGGCGCGGAUGUUAACCUUCGCGGCGGAAAAUAUAAGAGUGCACUAAAUGCGGCUGCAGUCAAGGGAUAUUGGGAUAUCGUCGAGAUACUAUUAAAGGCUGGGGCCAAGGCAGAUUGCUACCUGCUCUCUGAAGUUGAUGAGGAAUGGCUAGAAGGAGUUGGUAAGGAAGAUGGACAUAGUGCCGUGGAGCGGUACAGGAACUUUUGGGAUAAGGUUAGGUUGUAUGAGGAUGAGUAUGCAGAAGGAAAAGCGAUCUAG